CUUGGUAGUUUUUGCUGAACCCUGCAUGAAGCCUUCCUCCUGGUAAAGGUCCCAGUCCAAACCCCUGUGUGCCUCUGACGGCAGAACAUACGAGUCCAUGUGCGACUACCAGAGGGCCAAAUGCCGUGAGUCAAGUCUGAGCGUGACACAUCGUGGCCGCUGCAAAGAUGCUGGCCAAAGCAAGUGUCGAUUAGAGAGAGCUCAAGCACUGGAACAGGCAAAGAAGCCCCAGGAAGCAGUCUUCAUCCCAGAAUGCAAUGAGGAUGGAUCAUUCACUCAGGUGCAGUGCCAUACCUACACUGGAUACUGCUGGUGUGUGACACCUGAUGGCAAGCCUAUUAGCGGCUCUUCUGUACAGAACAAAACUCCUGUAUGUUCAGGUUCUGUAACUGAUAAACCAUCAAGCCAGGGUAAUUCAGGAAGGAAAGUUUCUUUUCGGUUCUUUUUAACCCUCAAUUCAGAUGAUGGUUCGAAGCCAACGCCUACCAUGGAAACCCAGCCUAUUUUCGAUGGAGAAGAAAUCACAGCUCCAACCCUUUGGAUUAAGCACUUGGUCAUCAAAGAUUCCAAAUUGAACAGCUCCAGUAUAAGAAAUUCAGAGAAAGUUCACUCCUGCGACCAGGAAAGGCAGAGUGCCCUGGAGGAGGCCAGGCAGAAUCCCCGCGAGGGUAUUGUCAUCCCCGAGUGUGCUCCUGGAGGACUCUACAAACCAGUGCAAUGCCACCAGUCUACUGGGUACUGCUGGUGUGUCCUGGUGGACACAGGACGUCCUCUGCCUGGUACUUCCACUCGCUAUGAGACUCCAGUGUGUGAAAGUGAUGCCAGAUCGAAGAGCACAGAGGUUGAUGAUCCAUUCAAGGACAGAGAACUUCCAGGCUGCCCAGAAGGGAAGAAAGUUGAAUUUAUUACCAGCUUACUUGAUGCUCUGACAACAGACAUGGUACAGGCUAUUAACUCAGCAGCACCUACUGGGGGUGGGAGGUUCUCUGAGCCAGACCCCAGCCACACACUAGAGGAGCGAGUGGUACACUGGUAUUUCAGCCAGCUGGACAACAACAGCAGUGAUGAUAUCAACAAGCGGGAGCUAAAGCCUUUCAAACGUUAUGUAAAGAAGAAAGCCAAGCCCAAGAAAUGUGCCCGACGUUUCACUGACUACUGUGAUCUCAACAAGGACAAGUCGAUCUCGCUUCAGGAACUGAAAGGGUGUUUGGGAGUCAGCAAGGAAGGAGCUACUACAACACCAGGUAGCCUGAGCAGUUUGCCCAAUGGAAAAAGACAAGGCCUUAACCCUUUCAUAGGUCGCCUGGUGUAGCAGCAGAAGACGGGAAGGGAAGGCAGGAGCUGACCCAAAGGAAGGAAAGAUCCAGUGACAGAUGGACAGACACCUUGCUGCUUGUGAGCAAGCAUGCAGCAUCAGCAACAUCCACCGUAGCAGAAGUGGCACCCAGAAUUUUUGCACUUUUUAAUAAUUGGUUUGGGUUUGGUUUUAAUUGCUUUUCAAUGCCAUAAUCUAAUACUUUGGAGAGUGGAGAGAAGCAGGAUCAUGACUUUUUAAAAUUGGAACAGCUACUGAUGAUGUAAAAUUGAGUUCACUGGGACUCAAAGACUUUUAUAUACUGUAUAUAAAUAUAUAUGUAAAUUGUACAGUUGUCUUGUACAGGGUUGGAGUCACUGUUCUAUUCCUCCCUUUGCUUUUGAAGGCUGUUACGGCUAGAGAGACAGUUUGCCUUCACUGGAUUACAGUAAUGCAUUUAUUUCUGCCACCAAACCA